UGGGAGGAAGUGAAUGAUUCGCGUUUGCACUUGAUGAGGGUAAAUCAUAUUGUUUGGGAAAUUAAGCGUGUAUUCACCGAAUUUUAGCCGCUAAAUGAGAUUAAACCGGUGGACGUACAUUUUCUGUCACGGUAUGGUUUAAAAGGAUACUCGUUUUUGGACUCAGACUUCGUAGCUUUGGAUCAACUUACGUUCACAGGAGGUUGGAGGAGGACACUCUUUGCUAUUGUUCCAGCACACACGAGUGUGUGUGUUUGUGUAUGUGUAUAUUAAAUUGCCCUUUGGCUUUAUGGCUACGAAUUUUGAACCCAUUUAUGGACUCUCAGAGGAUGAAAAUGAAUCUCGUAUUCUUCGUGUCAAGGUCAUUGCUGGCAUUGAUCUGGCGAAGAAGGACAUCAUUGGUGCCAGUGAUCCAUACGUCAAACUCUCCCUAUAUGUCGCUGACGAAAACCGUGAGCUUGCCUUAGUACAAACGAAAACCAUCAAAAAGACUCUUAAUCCCAAAUGGAAUGAGGAAUUCUAUUUCAGAGUCUGCCCACAGAACCACAGGCUUCUUCUUGAGGUGUUUGAUGAAAACCGCCUGACCAGAGAUGACUUCCUCGGGCAGGUUGACGUGCCUCUUACCCAUUUACCGACAGAGGACCCUGCAAUGGAGCGGCCGUACACGUUUAAAGACUUUCUCCUGCGUCCAAGAAGUCAUAAGUCUCGGGUGAAAGGCUGCCUGAGGCUGAAGAUGGCCUACCUGCCAAAGAACGGAGGGCAUGAGGAGGAAAGCAGCGAGAUGAGGGAAGAAGCUGAGGGCUGGGAGGUGACAGACUCCACGGAUCCAGGUUCACAGAGACCUCAGCAGCUCCUGCCUCCGCUGCCUCCUUGCUGGGAAGAGAAGGUCGAUAACCUGGGACGGACAUACUAUGUCAACCACAACAAUCGCACCACACAGUGGAAGAGGCCCAGUAGUGUGGAUGUGGUUUCAGAAACGGAAAAUGAUAAUCACUUACGGCAUAUUAACCAGGAAGCCCACAGAGUUUUCCGCUCUCGACGGCACAUUAGCGAAGACCUGGAAAAUGAGCAGCUGGACAUCAGGGACAUAGACGACUCAUGGGAACCCAUAUCAGAGGAGGACCCAACUUUAAUGGCGGACGGUCUAAACCAUUCUCUGACCGGACCCUCCUCUCUGGCGAUGCCCCUCUCCAGCACUCCAGAAUUCUCAGAUGAAAUCAGCCUUAGAUUGUCUCUCACUCCAGACAUGAAUGGAGAAAUCCCAGGACCCAGCUCUGCUGUGCAGAGUCAUCUUUCCUCUCGGCUACGCUCCUCUAGUAUGACUGAUGGAGUCAGUGAUCAAGCUCAACCUCCCACACCGACGCAGAGCUCCCAGCCCCGACGAACAAGAGCACAAACGGUCACAGGCGUUGAGGACACCAUGUUUCCAUCGGCCUCCUACGCCUUGACCACACCAGGCCUUCCGCCAGGCUGGGAGGAACGCAAAGACCCCAAGGGACGAACAUACUUCGUCAACCACAACAACCGUAGCACCACCUGGACUCGGCCCAUUCUGCAGCAGCACACUGAAGAUGGAGCCAGUACCUCAGCUGCGGCAGCAGGGGGCGCUACAGCAGCCACAACCCCCGCUUCCACCCCUUCCUCCUCCAGCGGCCAUCUAAGCGAACCACAAGUGCGCAGACCCCGUAGCCUCAGUUCCCCCACCGUCACUCUCUCUACCCCACUAGAGAUUUGCCCUCAUUUCCCCUCUCCCACUGGCCCAAAACAGGGCGAUUGCCUGCCCCAUCUAAAAGCAGCUGUUAUUGUCCAGCAGAGCUCCCAGCCCCGACGAACAAGAGCACAAACGGUCACAGGCGUUGAGGACACCAUGUUUCCAUCGGCCUCCUACGCCUUGACCACACCAGGCCUUCCGCCAGGCUGGGAGGAACGCAAAGACCCCAAGGGACGAACAUACUUCGUCAACCACAACAACCGUAGCACCACCUGGACUCGGCCCAUUCUGCAGCAGCACACUGAAGAUGGAGCCAGUACCUCAGCUGCGGCAGCAGGGGGCGCUACAGCAGCCACAACCCCCGCUUCCACCCCUUCCUCCUCCAGCGGCCAUCUAAGCGAACCACAAGUGCGCAGACCCCGUAGCCUCAGUUCCCCCACCGUCACUCUCUCUACCCCACUAGAGGGAGCCAAUAACGCCCAGAUACGGCGAGCAGUAAAGGACACGUUUUCCAACCCUCAGUCCCCGCAGCCCUCUCCCUACAGCUCACCCAAAUCCCAACAUAAAGCAAACCAGAGCUUCCUGCCCCCUGGAUGGGAAAUGAGAAUAGCACCCAAUGGACGGCCGUUCUUCAUCGACCAUAACGGCAGAACCACCACAUGGGAAGAUCCUCGCUUAAAGUAUCCCGUUCACAUGAGGACAAAAGCAUCCCUGGACCCUGGCGACCUUGGCCCACUUCCUCCUGGGUGGGAGGAACGAGUGCACGCAGACGGGAGAACUUUUUACAUCGACCAUAACACCAAAAAAACGCAGUGGGAAGACCCUCGCCUCCAGAGUCCCGCCAUAACUGGACCUGCGGUGCCGUAUUCCAGAGAAUUCAAGCAGAAGUAUGACUACUUCAGAAAGAAGUUAAAGAAACCGGCAGAUAUUCCGAACCGUUUUGAGAUGAAGCUGCACAGGAAUAACAUCUUGGAGGAGUCGUACAGACGAAUCAUGUCCAUGAAGAGACCCGACAGUCUGAAGGCCCGUCUGUGGAUCGAGUUUGAAUCGGAGAAAGGCCUGGACUAUGGGGGCGUGGCCAGAGAAUGGUUCUUCCUGCUCUCCAAGGAGAUGUUUAACCCUUAUUAUGGGCUGUUUGAGUACUCGGCCACUAUCAUUCUCAUUGACUUGAUAAAGAUUUUUGAUGAAAACGAACUGGAGCUGCUGAUGUGUGGUCUGGGUGACGUGGACGUCAAUGACUGGAGGCAGCACACCGUCUAUAAGAAUGGCUACUGUCCUAAUCACCCUGUGAUCCAGUGGUUCUGGAAGGCCGUGUUGUUAAUGGAUGCCGAAAAGCGGAUCAGACUUUUGCAGUUUGUCACUGGAACAUCCAGAGUGCCAAUGAACGGCUUUGCUGAACUCUACGGUUCCAAUGGGCCGCAGUUGUUUACUAUCGAGCAGUGGGGGACACCUGACAAACUCCCUCGUGCUCACACCUGCUUUAAUCGUCUGGACCUCCCGACGUACGAGUCGUUUGAAGACCUGCGAGAGAAGCUUCUGAUGGCGGUGGAAAACGCUCAAGGCUUCGAGGGCGUCGACUAAAGAAAUCCCUCCCUUUAUAUCCACGCGAUCUCCUAACGCAACCGACGAGCAAAGACAUGUACAACACUCACACACACACGUCUAUACAUACAUAUACACACUCUCGAGUUGCCAUUGUACAGCCAGAUCCCAGCGGUUGCAGGUGUGUGAUGUCAGCACAGUAUAUGCAUGUAAUCUGUCUAGCUGGAACGGCAUUGGCUGUGAACCCGUUUUAACGCCAAACCGUUUUAACGAUAAACUGGCGUUAUCUGCAGUAUCCCACAAAUCAUGCUGUCUCCUAACACGUUUUAUUUUCAAAUCCAGCUCUGAGGUCGUGGUAACUUUUAUAUUGAUGGUAAAUAAGAAAUAUCAGUAUUUGGGUGUGGCCUCAGAGUGGGCGUGGCCUUGAUACAGCAUUAAAAAAAAAUCCCAUUUCCGUAUUAAUUUCACAAACAUAAUAUAAGUUCAGUGAAGAGGCAACAAUUAACUGUCUUAUCAGGUCUUACUAACACCAGAUAACCUUAGGAAUCACAGCCAGGAUGAAGGGCGCAUCCUCAUCCUCCCUUAUCCCGCAAAGUACGCCAAUUUUUCCCUUCUUUCCUUCCUUCGUCCAGGAUUUUUUUAAUCUUCUUUUGCAAUGCCAAGAAGCAACGGGAAUUGUUUUUUAUAGUUUAUUAUUAUCGCUGUUAUUAUGAUACUGUUAUCAUUCUUACCGAGUAAACGGAUAUUUGUACUAACAAUGUGGUUUACUAUUUUAAACAACGUUAUCGGAAAUGCAUCAGUGGCCUGGCUAUAUUCAAUUCAAUAUCAUCCAUAUCAUUGUGGGUAAAAAAAAAAAAAAAAA